AUGAUCGACCAUACUAUUGCUAUCCAUAAUGGGAAGGAGCAUUUACCUAUUUAUAUAACAGAUCGUAUGGUGGGCUAUAAAUUGGGAGAAUUUGCACCUACUCUCAAUUUCCGGAGACAUGCAAAAAAUGAUAAUAAAUCUCGUCCGCGAAGAAUAAUUGAUCAGAUUCGUGGACGUUCCUAUGAGGAAACACUUAUGAUACUCGAACUCAUGCCUUAUCGAGCAUGUUAUCCCAUUUUUAAAUUGGUUUAUUCCGCAGCAGCAAAUGCUAGUCACAAUAUGGGUUUCAAUGAAGCCAAUUUAGUCAUUAGUAAAGCCGAAGUCAAUGAAGGCGCUACUGUGAAAAAAUUAAAACCUCGGGCUCGAGGACGAAGUUAUCCGAUAAAAAGACCGACUUGCCAUAUAAGUAUUGUAUUGGAGGAUAUAUCAUAUGAAGAAUAUGAAGAAUAUAACAUAUACUUAAAAAAAUCGAGACAAAUAAGGAUGAAUAAAAAUAAGUACACAGAUAUGACAUUUGAUGAUAUAUAUACUAGUGGGGGAUUAUGGGACAAAAAAUAA